GUCUCGCAAAGGACACAAUGCCUUUUUACCGCUGCAAAUAGAUGGAAGCCACACCGGGGGGCGCGCGGUGGUCGUGUCCGCGAUAGGGGCUCCGAGUGUCGGCCGAGCAUGGCGGCGACGGCGCGGCGGCUGCUGCUGGUGCUGCUGGUGCUGCUGGCGGGGCUGCUGCGGCUCUGCCCCGCCGCGCUGCGUGCAGCAGGGUGCGGCGAGCGGGUGGAGGUGCACACGGAGCGCAGGGGAGUGAUCUACAGCCCGUCCUGGCCUGUCAACUACCCGCCGGGCGCCAACUGCAGCUGGCACAUCCAGGGAGGCCACGGGGAGGUCCUCACCCUCAGUUUCCGGGUGUUCGACGUGGGACAGUCCGGGAGCUGCGAGGACGGAGACUGGCUGCUGGUCACCUCCACGGUGUGGCGGGCCGAGUCCAGACUGUGUGGGUCCACCAGGCCGCCGCCCUUCAUCUCCAGCAGGGGGCGCGUGUGGUUGUUCUUUCACUCCCAGGCCAACAGCUCGGGACUAGCUCAGGGUUUCCACCUGUCCUACAUCAAAGGUCACCUGGGUCAGAGCAGCUGCCAGUCAGACGAGUUCCUGUGCGGGAACGGCAAAUGUCUCCCCCACUCCUGGAAGUGCAACGGCCAGGACGAGUGCGGCGACGCCUCGGACGAACGCAGCUGCUCGCCGCCCCCCACCGAGUGGCGGCCCGGCCCCUGCCCCCCCGCCGCCCUGGCCUGCACGGCGGCGCAGUCCACCCGCUGCCUGCCCGCCGUCCUGCGCUGCGACAAAGUCCGCGACUGCCCCGACGGCUCGGACGAGCGGGGCUGCCCCGACACCGCCUGCGGCAAACGUCUGGCCGACUUCUACGGCUCCUUCGCCUCCCCGGACUUCUUCGGGGCCAACCGGAGCCAGGGGGCGGAGCUGAGGUGCUCCUGGUUGCUGGACACCCAGGACCCCAAGCCCAUCGUGCUGCAGCUGGACCUGCAGCUGGGACCCGGGGACUCGCUGCACGUGUACGACGGGCUCCUGCACCGCGCCGAACACCUGCUGCAGGUGCUGUCCCAUCACAACAACCGCCGGCCCGCCUUGCUGGAGUCCAGCCGGGGACAGAUGAGCGUCUUGUACCUGGCCAAGCCUGCCAGCCCCGGGCGCGGGUUCAACGCCACUUACCAGGUGAAGGGUUACUGCUUCCCGGGCGAGCGUCCUUGCGGCAGCGAGCAGGGUUGCUACUCGGAACAUCAGCGCUGCGACGGCUACUGGCACUGCCCGUCGGGGCGGGACGAGGAGUCCUGCCCCACCUGCCCGGAUGGCGACUUCCCGUGCGGCGGCGACACGGGCGCCUGCUACUCGGCCGCCGAGCGAUGCAACAACCAGAAGAGAUGCCCCGACGGCUCGGACGAGAGGAACUGUUACGACUGCCAGCCCGGGAACUUCCACUGCGGCACCAACCUGUGCAUCUUCGAGACCUGGCGCUGCGACGGGCAGGAGGACUGCCUGGACGGCAGCGACGAGAGGGACUGUCUGACGGCGGUGCCCAGGAAGGUGAUCACGGCCGCUCUGAUCGGGAGUUUGGUCUGCAGCCUGCUGCUGGUCAUCGCCCUCGGCUGCGCCCUCAAGCUGCACACGCUCAGGAGUCGGGAGUACAGAGCUUUUGAAACUCAGAUGACUCGCAUGGAGGCGGAGUUUGUGCAGCGGGAGGCUCCGCCCUCGUACGGGCAGCUCAUCGCGCAGGGUCUCAUCCCGCCCGUGGACGAUUUCCCGCCUUACAACCCCACCCAGGCCUCGGUCUUGCAGAACCUGCGCCUGGCCAUGAGCAGACAGAUCAGACGCCACACCACCCGCCGCGCCUCCUCCUCCUCCUCCUCGUCCUCGUCUUCGCGGCGCCGCUUCGCCAACACGUGGAGUCGCAUGUUCCGCCAAGCCAGAGGCCACGCCCCUCUGCUGGACCCCCCCGCCGGCGCCACACACGUCACCCUGGGGCUGCACAGCUACCGGACCGCAGGGGGGCGAGGGGUCCGGGGUGGGGACGUCGGCACGGAGGCGGCGUGGGACUGCUCGGCCGGCGAGGACUUACACGGGCGCACGCCGGACAGUCCCGCCUCUCCGCUCUCCUACCAAUCACAGGACAGUCCCGAAGGGGCGGCGACAUCCCCUCCGGAACCUUCUCCUCCCGGUCCGAGUGAGGGUCCGGGACAGCACCCCCUCCUCACCGUGCCGCGCUCUUCCAGAAAACUGGUUCUGGAUCUGGCCGUCAACCUCAAGGGGGUCUCGCUCAGGCGCUACUCGCCUCUCGGGCCCCUCUCGCCGCUCUCGGGCGCCGCCGACUCCCCGCGCCACCCCUUGGGGGGGACGCCCGACGAGUCCUCGUCGUCGUCGUCGUCGGCCACGACCCCGGAAGGCGGGGAGGAGAAGAGGAGGCGGAGCAAGGCGAGGACGGCGAGUGUACGUUCAGGGAGGGAAGGCACGCCAUGUUGAUGCACGCUCUCUGGCGCCCAAAGUGUCCUUGAAGCCCCGCCCCCUGACAUCCCGGCACAAAGUUCAACCAAGUCUUUGAAUAGCUGGCGCCAUCAUGCACCAUAAUGCACUGUCAUGCAACAUUAUGCACCAUCAUGCGCCGUCAUGCGCCAUCAUGCGCAACCAUGCACCAUCAUGCACCAUCAUACACCAUUAUUCACCAUCAUGCACCAUCAUGCACCAUCAUACACCAUCAUGCACCAUCAUGCACCAUCAUUCACCAUCAUUCACCAUCAUGCGCCAUCAUACACCAUCAUGCACCAUCAUGCACCAUUAUUCACCAUCAUGCACAUCAUGCACCAUUAUUCACCAUUAUUCACCAUCAUGCACCAUCAUACACCAUCAUGCACCAUCAUACACCAUCAUACACCAUCAUGCGCCAUCAUGCACCAUUAUUCACCAUCAUGCACAUCAUGCACCAUUAUUCACCAUCAUGCACCAAUCAUGCACCAUCAUGCACCAUCAUGCACAUCAUGCACCAUUAUUCACCAUCAUGCACCAAUCAUGCACCAUCAUGCACCAUCAUGCACCAUCAUGCACAUCAUGCACCAUCAUGCACCAUCAUACACCAUCAUACACCAUCAUGCACCACCAUGCACCAUCAUGCACCAUCAUACACCAUCAUGCACCACCAUGCACCAUCAUGCACCAUCAUGCACAUCAUGCACCAUCAUGCACCAUCAUACACCAUCAUGCACCAUCAUGCACCAUCAUGCACCAUCAUACACCAUCAUGCACCAUCUUACACCAUCAUACACCGUCAUGCACCGUCAUGCACCGUCAUGCACCAUUAUGCACCGUCAUGCGCCGUCAUGCACCAUCAUACACCAUCAUACACCAUCAUGCACCAUCAUGCACCAUCAUGCACCAUCAUGCACCAUCAUGCACCAUCAUGCACCAUCAUGCACCAUCAUGCACCGUCAUGCAACGUCAUGCACCGUCAUGCACCGUCAUGCACCAUCAUACACCAUCAUGCACCAUCAUGCACCAUCAUGCUGGCGAGCAAUAAACACACAAGUCGACUGUUGCCUCGCCAUUUAGCCAGCGCCAU